UAUUAGCAAAGUUUUAGAUGUUUCUGCAGAUAUUCCAUUACAGAAUGAUGGAUCUAUAGAUAUUUUAGAAAUUUUAAAGACUGCAGUACGUGACUUUGACCAAGGUAUAAUAUUACUAGGUUCCUCCCGCUCAUAUAAAAGUUCCAAUCAUUUGUAUGUGAAUUCUGAGUAUUAUAUCAAAGUUUCAAGAAAAAGUACAUAUGAUGCUGAAAUGUACUGGGUUCUAGUGAAUUGGUUAAGAAAAAUCCAUGGAUAUGAGAUCACUGGCCAGUGGCAUCUCGAACAAGUUUAUGAUGACAGAGAUUAA